ACCCGCCUCCCUACUCCCCCUCCAAUGCUGGCUUUGUACCUCAGGGGGUUGCGAAAGCCCCAGGACUACAUAAAGCAUUCCCUGUCUGGGCACUCUGCCACUGCCAGCAACAUUUGGGCUCUCAAGAGGCCACAGGGACCGGCACUGCCUGGACGGGAUGGCCCACACGGAGAGAGCUCUGCCCUGGCUGCUGCUGCUGCUGGCGCUGGCCUUGCUGGGCAGUAGCACAGCGGAGCGGGACUGCCGAGUAAGCAGCUUCAAAGUCAUGGAGAACUUUGACAAGACCAGGUACAGUGGCACCUGGUAUGCCAUGGCAAAAAAAGAUCCUGAGGGGCUGUUUCUGCAGGACAACGUGGUAGCCCAGUUCACCGUAGAUGAGAAUGGACAAAUGAGUGCCACUGCAAAGGGCAGAGUCAGACUCUUCAAUAACUGGGAUGUCUGUGCUGACAUGAUUGGCUCUUUCACUGACACAGAGGAUCCUGCCAAGUUCAAGAUGAAGUACUGGGGUGUUGCCUCUUUUCUGCAGAAAGGAAAUGAUGAUCACUGGGUAGUGGACACAGAUUAUGAUACGUAUGCUCUUCAUUACUCCUGCCGCCAACUAAAUGAAGAUGGCACUUGUGCUGAUAGCUAUUCCUUUGUGUUCUCCCGGGACCCCAAGGGAUUGCCUCCAGAGGCACAGAAAAUUGUCAGACAAAGGCAGAUAGACCUCUGCUUGGACAGAAAAUACAGAGUUAUCGUUCAUAAUGGAUUUUGCUCUUAAGGAGAUCCAAAACUAUGGAAAGAAACCAUGUAACAGCACCAUGGAUGUAAAGUUAACACAUUGAUUGGGUGUUCUUUUGAAAACCUUUUAAAUGCCUUCAUUUAGAUUUUGAAUAUAUUUAUCUGAGCUGUGUAGCUCACCUUGUUAAUAAACCAAUGAAACACUUCAAUAAACUUGGAUUACAGGGGAUGCAAA